UCAUGAUUUGCCUUUCUAGACCUAUUGGCGAGUCCACCAUCGAAUCUCCUGACUAAUAGGGAUUACAUGUGAUGGAUGUUUUUGUGAUCCAUAAACUUGUUCAGGUUUUGCAGAUUGUCCCACCAUUUGAAGAGGAAGGUGUUUGCGAUGAGUUGAAACUAGGGGUGUAAACCGCGGGUUUUGUCACGAUAUCAGCACGAUACGGUAUUUGCCGAUAUCUUAAACCUUGCUGUGAUUCAUUCACGAUACAUCACGAUAUAGUGCUCUACGAUCAAUACAUAUUUUUUUUAAAUAGAAAAUAUAGAACAUUAUCCUGAUUUAUAAAUAUUCAUACGCAAAAUCAACAAGCUACUGCACGUGUCUUGUCCGUUGAGUCAUCUUUUCUUUGGAAUCCAAAGUGCUUCCAAAGAAUGACUUGAAGCCUAAAGGGGAGCCAAUUUUCUCGUCUUUUUGGACAUGAGCCAUAGCACCAGCCCAGGAGCCGCGUACUAGUUGUCGACUCCCCUUUCACGUGCCUGCUCUGCUCACAACAUCGUAACAUUCGUUAUUGGACUUUAAAGACGUGUGUCACUUUUCUAACGAUCUUUGACUCCACCCUGGUAACAAAUCAGACAUGGAAGCUCAGUGUGUGACCAAAGUGGAGCUAACCGUUUCCUGUGAUAAUCUUUGGGAUAAAGACACUGGAUCCAAACCAGACCCUCUGUGCGUGCUGUUAACGAGCACCUCAGAGUACCAGUGGUAUGAGUUGGAACGCACAGAAAAAGUCCAGAAUUGCCUUAACCCAAAGUUUGCCAAGAAGUUUGUCAUCGACUACGACUUUGAGAUGGUGCAGGAAUUACAAUUUGGGGUUUAUGACAUUGAAAUUAAGACCGUUGAUCUGAGUGAUGAUGACUGCUUAGGAGAACUGGAGUGUACCUUGGGCCAGGUGGUGUCCAAUAAAAAACUGACCGGGCCGCUGCUCUUGAAGAACAAAUUCCAUGCAGGAAAAGGGACCAUCACAAUCAGUGCUGAAGAAAUGAAAGAUAACAGGGUGGCAAAUUUCGAGGUGGAAGCAAGAAAACUGGACAACAAGGAUUUUUUGGGGAAGUCUGACCCGUAUCUGGAAUUUUACAAGCAAACACAAACUGGAUGGCAACUGGCUCACAGGACAGAGGUGGUGAAGGACAACUUGAAUCCAACAUGGAGACCCUUCCGAAUCCCCCUGCAAUCUCUCUGCGGAGGAGACCUGGACAAACCUAUAAAAGUUGAAUGCUUUGAUUAUGACAGCGACGGCUCACAUGAUCUUAUCGGUACGUUUGAGACCACCAUGAAGCGUCUUCAAGAAGCAUCGCGCACUUCUCCGGUGGAAUUUGAAUGCAUCAACAGUCAAAAGAAACAACAGAAGAAAAGCUACAAGAACUCUGGUGUUGUGAGUGUGAAGCAAUGCCAGGUGGUCAAAGAGUACACAUUCCUGGAUUACGUUAUGGGGGGCUGUCAACUCAACUUCACUGUUGCAAUCGACUUCACUGGUUCGAACGGAUAUCCAAAGUCACCUGAGUCUUUGCAUUACAUCAGUCCACAGGGAGAAAAUGAAUACCUCUCUGCUAUUUGGUCAGUGGGCAAUGUUAUCCAGGACUAUGAUAGUGACAAGAUGUUUCCGGCAUUUGGCUUUGGCGCCCAGAUUCCGCCAGCAUGGCAGGUUUCCCAUAAAUUUCCACUCAAUUUCAACCCCGCAAAUCCAUUCUGUGCAGGUGUCGAAGGGAUCGUGGAGGCCUACAGGGAUUGCCUUCCUAAAGUUAAACUUUAUGGUCCUACUAACUUCUCACCAAUCAUCAACCACGUAACGUGUUAUGCACACCAUGCCAUGCUGCAAAGCACUGCAUCACAAUACUUUGUGCUGCUCAUCAUCACUGAUGGAGUGAUCACUGACAUGGAUGAUACACGUAAUGCCAUCGUCAACGCUUCGCGUCUGCCCAUGUCCAUCAUAAUCGUUGGGGUGGGCGGCGCGGACUUCACCGACAUGGAGUUCCUGGACGGAGAUGACGGCCAUCUCCGCUCUCUUACUGGCGAGCCUGCCAUGCGUGACAUUGUUCAAUUUGUACCAUUCAGGAAGUUUCAAAAUGGUCCAAAAGAAGCACUGGCCAAGCGUGUGUUGGCUGAGGUUCCAGGUCAGCUGGUGGAGUUUUGCAACCACAUGAAGCUGAGCCCACCCAACAACAAUCCUGCUGCAAAGUCUCCAGAGGCCAUCUGAUGUUGCUGCGCAAAUCGAUCGGAUCCAUCACGAUCACACAGUACCUUUUUUUUUUUUUUAAACUUGAUUUUUUUUUUAACCUUCUCCUAAAACAAAUUAUUGUCCAAUCAUACUCUAUGAAGCAUAUUGUAAAAAAAAAAAAAAAAAUUAUAAACAAAUAUUUUCAGGUAGCUCACAAAAACCUGGACCAUUGCUGAGCAAUUUAAUAGGCAAUUAGCUGUAUUCAACAUUUCAUUUACGUUAUACUCGUAUGUACACUGCUGCUUUGUAAUCUGUAGUAUAGGCUCUUAGAAAAAACUUUUAUCGCGCCAGUCUUAAACUCGUGCCAUGAAGAGUUAGAUUAAAUAAUUUUACGUCUAUCCUGUCAGUAGUACAAACAAGUUUGCGGACUCAAGUUUACGUCUUCAUGUAAUGACAUAGCUAAUUACAAUGCUGAUUUUUGCACAAGGAUUAUUGUCGCUUUUACAUUGUCAUUUUAUUUCCUGAAAUGCCAAAACCCUGCAUUACCAUAUAGUAUGCUAUAUUUUUUUAAGGGCACUUAUUUGACAUGUACAAAUGCCAUCAUUUAAUUACUUUCUCGUUGUAUCUUCCAGUUACUUAAUGCAGAAUAGCUUGACUGAUUAAAAUAACCUAGAGGAGUAAUGCUACAAAACUAGCACUCUUUUGCUAACACAAAUAUGCACCAGUGUUAAUAUACAGUCGACAUGUUUAUUGCAAAUAAAAAGACAAUGCGAUUCAACACUU